AUCUGGACGUUGUAGGUCCAAAAAAGCCCAAAAGCUAACCUUCCGUCAUUGUCGGGUUUCCGGUCUUUACAGUAGUCAACUCCUCCGUCAUGAUCCAGAUCAACCCGGCGGUUCAUUUAACCAAAAUAGAAAACCGGUGCUUCAGACAAUAUCACAAUCUUCCCACUAAACCCGGUUUCCCGUUCCCCACUCCCAAAAUACAACAGUUUUACAACCGCCUGGAAAAAACUGUCUUUUUGUCGAAAACUCAUAAACCCCAUUUCCUCUCAUUUUUGUCCAAAACUCAACAGUUUUUUGAAGGGUCAACUGUUGGUGAAAUAGAAAAAGAAAAAAUGGCGGUUAAUGGUUGCUUCAAGCGUAAUCUUCUUGUGAUGCUUACUGUGUUUGGAGUAAUGGCGAUAGUGAAAGGUCCAGUUGAAGCCCUAGCUUCUAGCUCUCCUUCUGCUUUUGUCCAAAAUGUAAUCUACUCUAACAAGAUCGCCAUCUUUUCCAAAUCUUAUUGCCCGUACUGCAAGCGUGCCAAACGAAUCUUCAAUGAACUUCAAGAACAACCAUUUGUGGUGGAGCUUGAUCUUCGAGAUGAUGGCGGUCGUAUUCAAGAUGUCCUUCUGGAUCUGGUGGGCCGCAGGACAGUCCCACAAGUUUUUGUGAAUGGGAAGCAUAUUGGUGGUUCAGAUGAUCUCCAAAAUGCUGUCAAAAGUGGGCAUUUGCAAAAUCUUCUUAAGAAAGAGUAAAGUACUAAAAGCCGAGAGAUUCAAGCUUUCUGAAGUCCUGAAGCUGCAAUGUACUCUUGGAGAGCUCAGUUAAGUUCAGUAGGUCCAAAUCUAAGCUAGAAAUUUGUAUGUUGAUAUGCUGUUCGUUUUGUUUCUUAUGCUGAAUUUGUGGUAUUUGGACAAAAGACAAGGGAUUUGAACUUAAUUCCAGAGCUUAUAUCCUUCACUGUCUAUAA